CAGAAAAGCAGUGAAGGCUAUGGUGGGAGAAGACGCACACGGACCUCCAGCGAGCUGAUCUCACAGUGACUGACCUGCAGCGGUGUUUAUCUCUUACUGAGAAGAUGUCUGUGAACGAGGUGUAUGUGUUCCGACCCUUCAAGCUGAUCGCUCUGCUGUGCGUCUUUCUCGCGCUGUGUUUGGACGUGGUGGCUCUGCUGAGCCCUGCCUGGGUCACCGCCGAGCAUUUCUCCCUUUCUCUGUGGGAGUCCUGCUCCCAGUCCGAGGCACGGGACCAGACAGAGGAGCCUCAGUGGAGCUGCUUCUCCACCCUCACAUCUGACUGGCAGAUUGCCACCUUGGUGCUGCUGGUGGCCGGUGCCGUGGCAACCCUGGUGGCCUUUUUGGUGGCCCUUAUUUCCCUCUGCCGGGGGACACAGAGAUACCACUACCGCACCGUGGCUGUGUUCCUCUUCACGGCAGUGGUUCUGCAGGCCUGCGCUCUGGUCCUCUACCCAAUCAAGUUCAUCGACGGAACGGUUCUUCAGACCUAUCAUGAGUUCAACUGGGGCUACGGGCUCGGCUGGGGAGCAACCAUCUUCAUGCUGGGCGGAGGGAUCCUCUUCUGCCUGCGGACGGACAUAUACGAGGAUGCAAUGUACUGAGUCUUCCGCUGCUGGAAAUACACACAUAAACACACACACACACACACACACACAUACACAAAUACAGCCCUUACAAGAGGCGUGCUACUUUUCUUCACUCUGCACAUGGCCAAUGCAUAUGUGAGCACAGACCCUGUUUCUCUCUUUCUCUUGCUGUCUAGCUCCCUGUUAUUUUUAGACAGGUUGUGAAGGCCUAAUUUAGGCCAGGGCUGUUUGAAUAGGACCUCUACCACCCCCCCCCCCACACACACCCUCCCCACACAUGCAGCUAUAGCGGGUCCCUCAGCCCUGCCGGUAUCAGCGGUGAGGCGGCAAAGCUAAAGCAAAGAGAGCUUUCUGGACAGGCACGAGCCUCCGAUGCUGGACGUUUCCAGUGCACGUUGACCUGGAUCUCUCUAUUGUCAGAGAAACAGGACAGUAGAUUCUCAGCACAGACGUGAUUGUGCAGUGGCUGAACAAUGAAAGAGACUGACUUAUCUCCGCAUUUACUUUUUUAUUCUUUUUAUAGCAUUUCAUGAGGACAAGCUCGUUGUUAAUGUAUUUAUGGCAUCAUUUCCCACUUUAUAAAUAUUGAAAAACUGAACUUGUCCCUCCAUGUGUUUUAGCUGAAACAUAUCUAGUAAAGAUAAGCCUUCUGAUAUUAGAAGUGUAAAUUAGUCAGCUUUUGAUAUAUGCUGGAGCUAUCGAGUGUUUGUAGUUUGUUUGGAAACUCACACCAGUUUGUCUCAAAGGAAAAAUGUAAAUGUGUACAAAGUAUUUCUACAUGAAGGAAAAUCCAGAAUAAACAACAGUAGUUUUGGGA